AGUAAACAAAUUUGUAAAAGCCAGCAACCAUCAGACUGCUGCAGGCGAUCGCUGAGGCGCGUGAGUUUUGAUCUGGUAAAAUCGGUAAUGUAAGUAGCACGUGUGUGUUUAGAUUUACGUUUUCGGUCACUCAAUGGUUGAAAAGUGCGAGGUUUGUGGCCAGACUGAGUUUACAGUCGAGGCCGGUUUCUACUACUGCGUGGAAUGUGGCACCAAGUCGCAGCAGCAUGGCCAGGAGUUGGUGGAUGACGGUAUGGAUAACCUACCGUCCAUGGGAGCAGCCGCUAUUAAAGUUAAGAGUGAUAAAAAAAUAAAACGCAUUACAAGCUGGGAACAAGCGAACUACAUUUUGCUUGGUUACGCGGAACGCCUCGUAGUGUUGGGCGCAGGAGACAACUUUAAACUUUCUCUUCUGCAGCUUUGGACCGCCUAUCUGCGACGUAUGGAGGUUGCUUUUUUCAGCAAGGAUAAACCGGAACGACCAAGAUUACACGUGUUUCACAGAAAAAUUGAUGCUGAUAUAAUUUACAACCGUAAGGGAGUCCGUCGCAAGAGUUGCAGUAGCUCACGUAACAAAACUCCGGCAAGUAGCGAGACACGGUCGGAAGUUGCUGGAUCAUCCUCGGCAGUUAGUCGACGGUCUUCGGUUCGAAAAGCUAGAUCCGAUCAACGGCAACUGAUGAAUGCCGAAUACGAAUCUUACAUUACCAGCCAGCGAUCGGAUGUGAACAUUUCUUUGCAUGAGCUCUCAGUUCAGUCACUGAACUCGACCCGAACGGGCGAAGCUAACGCUCCCACGGAAAGGACAACACCACGGAUGAUACAAUAUUCCCGGUCUUCUCGUAUACUCAUGAAGCGCAAGUUAAAGAUGAGUACCGGGCACAUUAAUCGGCAUGAGAGAGACAUAGAGGAAGAGUUGAACUGUCAUCAGCUGCAGAAAGGUGUUCGCAAGAGUAAGCCGAACUCAAGCGGUACCAGAGUGCAUACUUUCGAGCAUAAAAGUCCGGAAAAUUUGAAUGGUACUUUGUUGAGUGCUCUCUUGUGCUUGGGAUUGAAUGUAAGCAAAAGUGACCUGCAAGUGGCAGAUUUGGUCCGGUACUACCGAGAAGACCACCUGCCUCAUGCAAAUCUUCUGCAGUAUCUUCCUGAGAAAAUAGAUCCUAGCUGUUAUAGCGAGGUAUUACCUAAUUUUCAAGUCGCAUCCAUCUCCCACGAGAAAAUGCGAAUAUCAAUUGCAAAACUGACAAACUUUCUACAUGUGGAAUCCAUUACUCCCGAUCUGUUGAAGCUGUGCAAGCGAUAUUUGGAAGAACUUUGUUUGCCGAUGGAUUUAUUGACGUAUAUCGAAAGACUUAUGGCCGUGUUUCCGCCGCAAAUCAAAUUUGAUGGAGGUUUCAAAUUUCCAAACUACGAAGGACGCUGCAUGGCGUUUAUUAUUUUUAUCUUAAAGCUUCUGUUCGGUUUGAACGAUUGCACAGAAAUUAAGAUGUCCAAAUCUGCAGCUAAAUUAAAUAGGAAAAUGUCUGCGGUAGGACUUUUCGAUACGUCCGUCUUCGUAUUCACCGAAUGGCUUCAGUAUCUGGAAAUGCGAAAAGUCAUUCUCAGUCAAGUUAAUCACGCUAUUAACCGUUCAUUGGCGAAAGAUGAAGCUGCCGAUCCUGAUGUUGACCUGUUUAUAGAUUACCAGACUCGCAAAAAACACGCCGAGGAACCUUUACAGCUUUUAUCCUGCUCAUUCGACAAACAACACAUGUCUAAGCUGAAGGAAACGGUUCAACAUAUAGUGGACACACACCAUCGCCAAGGGCUAUCUCGUGACAGCCGGACAAACAUUGAGUUCGAGCCUAGUUUAACCCCGUACAAGUCCUAUUUGGAACAGUUCCUCCUGGCUUAUAACAAGAGCGGUAAAAUUCAUGUUCCCGAUUAUAUGCAGAACGACCAUUCCAAUCGCAUCCUGUCCGCUUUUGUGGAUCCCGCUGAUUUACGCUAUCUGCUUCUGACGAAUCACCAAAUCAGAUUAGUCACCAAAAAAGUUCCACCUUCACUAAAGCUGUUCGAAUUCGUUAAAUCAUGCACCGUGACGGACUUUGUCUCCAAUCAGGCCCGCCGUGGGCCCCAAUUUAUGUGUGCCGAAUACUGCGCAGAAACAGAUUGGAACCCACCGGAAACAUUUGCACGUCCCGGCCAACCCGAAGCCGCCACACAUGAAGCCAUACUGGACAACAUUCUGAUUCGCAACGAAACCGAACGUCAGCGAACCGACAUGAUCGUUGCUUGUCGACGAAAAAACCAGGAACUAUCCGGCAAUGACGAGCCGGACGAGAGCAGUAUUCUUAACGACUCUUGCAGGUCGUUGUUCUCCCAGCAAUCGUCAGAUAUUGCACCGAAUCAAGCUGCCGAAGCAAUUGCCAGUGGCGGAGGUGAAUGCGUUACUCUGCUAACCCCGAACUAUGACUAUUGGGUUCGGUUCUACGGCAAUGGAGAAGCUUACUCGGGGGACCUGUAUGACGAACGGAUCGCCAGUGGGUUGCCGGACAAUUUCUGCCUUGUGGUGGAAGAGUGCGCCCGGAUUAUCGAAAACCGAUCUCAUCAGCUGUACCGAGAGCUGAUGACACUGGAGACGUACUUCUUUCACGCGGUCCAACCAGUGGAGCGGUUCUUUCCCGCGGCUGCUGGCGACAGUCCACCAGAGGUAUUGUUUGACGAGACUCGUCCGCUGAAUCUUGAUCUGAAGCGGGUUUUGUAUGCCAAGCAGAGGUAUUGAGUGGGAGGUGAAUUCGCUUGUUGAUUUUCUAUUUUCUUUUGA